ACCAAACUCUAUUUAGUUAGGGACUCGGACUCCCAUCAGGACCCAUAUGCAUAGAUUGUUUCUUGUGCAUGAGCUACUCAUGAUAAUAUGCGAACAUCUGUAUGACGAAGAUGAUAUCCCAAAUGCUUCCAAAAAAGCUCUGGCACGUCUUGCCAGGACCUGCAAGGCUUUUCAUGCAGUGGCGUUGAAUGCUCUAUGGUCAGAUCUCGACGGCGUUGCGCCUCUAAUCCAAUGCUUGCCUACAGAAGUUACUCGAUUGUAUUGGCGCCUUCCUCUAGGUACAGCAGUGGUUGGUAUCGAACGGGCACCUCGAAAAGCAGAAUGGGACAUCAUUCAAGGCUAUGCUAAUCGUGUCCAGCGUCUGCGUGUUUUAAACCCCCAUCGCCCUGUGGAACCAUCGGUUAUCUUUACACUUUCCCGUCCGCCUACCACGUCCCCGCUGUUCCCGAAUCUACGCUCGCUCGUCUGGAAUGACAGCAGACCCCAAACGAUGGGCUUCUUAAAAACUCUAUGCGGACCCCUUCUGACAUCCCUUACAUUUGAUUGUUCGAGUACUGGCACUGCUCGGUGGGGCGCGGCUGCAUCUGCUAUAUUGACUGCUGUGCCCGUCAUUUGCCCUGCUGUCAAAGUCAUCGCCCUUCCCUCCAGUUCCCCCUGUCCCCCAAUUCCGAACAUGCUUCUCGCAUGGAGUCACCUCGAGGAAGUCACAUGUGGUGAAAUCGAUACAGUCAUCUUUCACCAUCUCGCCAAACAAACCUACUUACGCAAACUUGCAUUUACAUUGUCACAGACCAUCUCUCAAAGUCUGACAGACCACCCUCCAUCUCCGCAAACUUUUUCGCGCCUUCGUGAACUGGAAGUUCAUGCACCUGAGCUACCUUCCUUGAUCGAGUUCAUUCAAAAACUAGAGAUACAUCCCACAUCUAUUCGCGGUCAACAUUAUGUGGGCAUCAAACCGCAGAAUGUCUCAUUGCAGAGUCUUCCUAGUAUACGAAUGCCCUCUGUGGCUCAACCUCCGUUGUUGCCACCUACUGGUAAUCAAUUUAACGGACGGUCAUCCCACACUGGCAUCCAUGGCAGUAAUUUCAUGCCUCUCACCCAGUUUGAAAGCAUUAACACCUUAAUGAUCGACGUGAACUGUAGUAUACAUCUUGCAGACGAUGAUCUGGCAUCCUUGGCGUCUGCAUGGCCUCACCUCCGGACCUUUAGUGUCAACAAAACACACGGUUGGAUUGUAAAAUCUGAUAUCAGCCAAACUGGCUUGCUCGAUAUGCUUCAAUGUUGCCCCAGACUCCAGGCUCUUUGUAUUGCAAUCGAUACCGACACAUUCACAGAGGUGCCUUUAGAUCGCCCAGGAGGAGGAGUCGAAAACAUGCAUAUCCGGACAAUUGCUUUUGCAGACUCGGUUAUCCAGCCUCGCGCAAUCACCGUAGUCGCCGCAUUCCUGUCCGAUGUUUUCCCCAGGCUCGAUGAGGUUACAGCUUGGAAGACGGAUCAAAUGCGUGCCCGACGGGACGCAAACAGCUACGCCAUUCGUUGGGAAGGCGUUUCUCAGCAAGUCAAGGGAAUGAUCAGAAUUCGAAAGCAGGAAAGGAGGUGGCGCCGGAGCGAAUAAGCCAGGCGCGUUUUUCGUUCGAGAUCUUGAUUCGAUAGGUUUUGACGACUGACUCGGCUAUUAAUGACAUCCUUAGCUAGAUGGAUGUUGCCUCAGUCCGUUCAUGGAACGGUCGGCUACCAAGCCUCACUUAUUCGAGGUACAGUGUAGAGUCGGACCAGGGCUCUAAUAUUUCGCUCGGUAUGUAUGAAGGUGCAAAAACAAGAAGUAUGGUGGUUCCCAGGAAGGCUUAUCAUGUAAUAAAUCAUUGAAUGCUGGGUCGAUUAACUACUUAGUAUUCGACUGAGCCUCAGGUGGACUUACUUCUUCGAAAUUCUUGCUUGUCACACUGUCACAUCUUAAUCGAUCACAUGAUAGAAAUAUGACUCUCCAGAGCUGUAAGUAGUCUCCUCAGUCCUGCAGCAGGCCAUGAUUAGAA